AUGUUCUUGUGGCAUCUACUCUAUUCUUUCCUCUCCUCACUCACUAUUGUGAGAGCUCAACAAGCAAUUUUGCCCAUUCCUAUUAAUACUAUUACUACUGCUCCGUCUGAGCCUCUGGCUACCGCCGUUGUUGAUGAUGAAACCAUCAUGUCAAAUCUUCCAGCAGCAAAUGUCAUAUGCAACCUCCAAGACUACACUUGGAGCAGGGGUGAUAUUGUAAACGCUCUGUGGCAGGCUUAUGAUUGUGUCGAACGCAUUGGUGGUAAUACUUGCACAAACAGUGCGACGCAUUACCCCCACGGCUAUUAUAAUCAGAACCCACCCGUAUGGAGAUGUGGCGGGCAGGCGGCAGCCGUAGAUGUCCAAGAGUUUCCAGUGCUAGCGAAUAAAGAACUGUACAGCAAAGAUGAUCCGGGUCUGGCGAGAGUUUUCUAUAGACAGACGAGGUUGCAAACAGCCGGCGGCUAUCUCACUACCGUAGUUUACUGUGGAGUGGCACGACAUGCAGGGGAUGAUUGGAGUCAUUGCGACGGAGCCACUGUAGCAGCCGCCACGGUAGAAGCAGCUAGUACUUCUCUGCCGACAAGGACUGCAGACUAG